AUGAAAAAGUUACUCGUUAUUUCUCUCCUACUGAUCUUAAACUAUGUUGCCACUUCACAACCCGUGACCGAUCCGGUAGCUUUUCUCCGAUGUCUAGAACGACAGCCGACAGAUCCAGCGAGUCCGAACUCUGCCGUCGCUUAUAUCCCAACAAACUCCUCCUUCACCACAGUACUCCGCAGCCGCAUACCUAACCUCCGUUUCGAUAAACCCACAACCCCAAAACCGCUCGCCAUAGUCGCUGCCGCCACAUGGACUCACAUUCAAGCAGCGCUAGGAUGCGCCCGAGAACUCUCUCUUCAGGUUAGGAUCCGAAGCGGUGGCCAUGACUUCGAAGGACUCUCUUACACGUCAACAGUACCAUUCUUCGUCCUCGACAUGUUUAGUUUCAGAAACGUCGACGUGAAUGUCACUGAUGGGACGGCUUGGGUCGAUGCCGGCGCCACGACGGGAGAGCUUUAUUACCGUAUCGCUGAGAAGAGCAACGUCCUUGGAUUCCCGGCGGGUUUAUGUACAACUUUGGGCGUUGGUGGACAUUUUAGCGGAGGAGGAUACGGAACCAUGAUGAGAAAGUACGGAUUGUCUGUAGACAACGUUGUCGGCUCUGGGAUAGUUGACUCCAACGGGAAUAUAUUCACCGACCGGGUUUCAAUGGGCGAAGACCGUUUCUGGGCGAUACGAGGAGGUGGAGCUGCCA